UCAGCCGAGCCAUUUGGUGAAGAAGUCGUUGCCCUUGUCGUCCACAACUAUAAAGGCCGGGAAGUUCUCCACCUCUAUUUCCACACAGCCUGCAAACAUCGCAUCCAUCCACAUUGCACCCGAGAGAGAGAGGCAUCCAUUGUAAACGCCUCUGCUGUGCUCUGUCUGUGUGGAUGGCCGGGCCGUGUGUGCGCAAACACAUACACACCUCCAUGCCGAGCUCUUCGUAUUCCAGCACCUCCACCUUCUUGAUGCAGUUCUGCGCCAAUAUCGCCGCAGGGCCGCCGAUGCUGCCCAGAUAAAACCCACCAUGCUGCUUGCAAGCCUUGGACACCUGCACAACGCCCACCAAACCAACACACCACACCGCUCUCUGUCCUGCGUGUUUGUGCGGGCGUUGUACCUCCUUUCUCCUGUUGCCCUUGGCAAGAGUUAUCAU